AAAAUAAAGCUCAAGAUGGUUUAAUUCUUCAGAUUUAAAAGAAAAGUAAAUAAAUUUUGUAAAUGACUCGCUAACUAUUUUAAAAUGGGAGCUCAAAAACUCAUUUCGACCGAUACUGUAUCAGAGGAUCUGAUUCCGGCAUUAUUUCAGUGCUUCACUAUUAUCUUGUGCGGGUAUGUGGCUGGACGAAUUAAUGCAGUAUCCAAGGUUGAAUCAAAAGGCAUUGCCUCAUUUGUCGGCAUUUUUGCCCUACCGUCUCUCAUCUUUCUCUCAUUGGCCCGACUAAACUUCAGCAAUGUCAACUGGACAUUUCUAUUGGCCAUACUGAUUGCAAAGGGACUUGUAUUUUUUGCUGUUAUUAUAGUGACACUUUCAAUAACAAAACCCAUGAACUUAGGACAGGGAGGCAUAUUUGCAAUAUUUUGUACACAAAGUAAUGAUUUUGCAUUGGGAUUUCCAAUAAUCAAUGCAAUAUAUGGACAAACACAUCCAGAAUAUGCCCUAUACCUGUACUUAAUGGCUCCAAUAUCACUUGCUAUACUCAAUCCACUGGCAUUUGUCCUGAUGGAGAUCCACAAACAACGGCAGUAUCCUCAAACAGAUAUGGCAGAAACUCGGCAGCGCUUUCAUGGCAUAAAGAUGCUCCUAGAGUUGGCUAAAAGCAUUGUCUUAAAUCCAGUACUUGUCAUGACAGUGCUGGGCAUUAUUGGUAAUAUUGCUUUUAAACACGAACUGUCUUUUUACCUUACGGGUUUGCUAGAUGUCUUUGGGAAAUCUUUCUCCGCUACCGCUUUGUUUCUACUUGGACUGCGUAUGGUUGGACAAAUAACAAGGUUGAAGGGUUCCGCGCUUCUACUACCAUGCGUCUUGAUAAUGGUUAAACUGAUCAUUCUGCCGGUUAUAAUGAGAGAGUUUGUAAGUAUGUUGGAUGCUGGCUUUAACGCAGAAGAAACACAAGCUCUGUCAACGUAUGCUUUCCUCUAUGGCACAAUACCAACUGCACCGGCUGUGUUUGUGUUCUCUAAUCUAUAUCAAUUGGAGAUUGAUUUGAUGGCGUUUUCCAUGGUCAUAUGCACAUUACUGUCUGCGCCGAUAACAUACAUCUCAGCUCAAAUGAUGGCAAUAAACAAGGAUUACGCUGUGGAAAUAAAGAAGUUAGGUUUCGAUCUGUCGAUAGUUUCUUUUCUAGCAGCUACUUGGGUGCUGACCGUUUUUGUGUUAAUUCCGAAGAUUGAUAGAAUUCCGCAUCGAUUCACAGCCGGCCUUCUAACAACUCAGAUAUUUUUAGCGUCAAGCGUGAUUUUGGGCGGGCCGUACAAAGUGUAUUCUGAGUGGUUGGAAAAAGUGCUACCAGCUUUGGAGGUAUUUACCACAUACUCGUGUUUCAUGUGGAUUGCUAUGCUCACUGUUGGCCUUCUACUGUUAGAGAGUCGUGGGCCAUCUUUCGCUGCGAAGCUGUGGCCGGUUUUCUGUUUUGUAGCGUGGGGCACCCCUGGUGUCAUGGUUGCCGUGUUGCUGGUCACCAAAGAAGUGGGAACGAUUAACACCGACGCAUCUGACGCUAUACGAUUGGGCUUAGUCAUCUUCUGUAUUACAUUGACCACGGGAUGUUUGAUACUCUACGUGAGGUUCCGUCGACGCCGCCAACUGUUUCCGAGUUCAAUGGCAGAUAUGCUGAUAGAACCCACGGCGACGAAUGAAACAUCCAGCCUCGUCGAAAACGCUGUACCCAACUCGCACACACAGUCCAUAUCUAACUAUAGAAUGGAAGAUCCAGGUUGUUACGGAACAAUAACGGCUACUCCCUCCCCGAAUAAGAACGGUAAUUGUUGCAGCAAUGACCCCAACUGCAACAAUGGUUUUGUAAGCAGUAUUACUCCUGACAUGGAAAACAUGGCGAAAAAGGAAAGGACUUGCGCGUGCCCACCACAAAAUCUCCGAUGCACCACAGCAGAUACCUGCCCUUAUUUGAACGAAAUGGAGGAAGCGGCUAACGAACCGGGUCUGUUGCCGCCGGAACAGAGCCUUGGGAGUGGUGGGCAACUCACGAGACACACCGUGCUUAUAAUCGUCUACGUUCUCAUGAUGUUCUUAGAUCUGACUUACACAGGAUGGAAAAUAAUGCGUAAAGAUGAAUCUGGGGUUUUCAUUGAAAUCGAGUAUCUGAACACGAUCGCUAUAUACGGACAAGCACUGGUUGUGCUAAUACUCUUCGGAAUUGAUCCUGACGAAGUUUUGAUGCCUAUUGUCAGAUGCCUGAGGAUGAACUGGUUCGUAGCUGAUACUGUAGUGUUGCCGGCUGUGGAAGACCUAAGCUUUGAGACCAAGCAUGUGUGCGAUCAGUUCAUCGCACACCAUCUUGAACGUUGCAGGGAUGCCAUCGCAAAGGAUACCAGAUUGCGCAUGCGCACCUAUCGGAACGUGUUCCGCGGGUCGUCUCUAGUGAGCUGGCUCAUCCAGUGCGGUUUGGCGGCAGACAAACCAGAAGCAGUGCAGUACGGGCGACACUUGCUGGACGGGCGACUCAUCGCACAUAUCCACAACAAGCAUCACUUCAAGGACUCGCCCCUUCUCUACACCUUCAAAUAAUUCCAAUUACUGUAAAACACGUAAAGCGGCCGUAAUAUAGCGUCGACGUCGUCAAUACAAAAAUAUGGUGAGCAAAAUUGCGUCGUUCGUAAGAGCGGUGACAGACACCGUAACGUUAAAUAUUCUCCUUACAUAUGAAAUUGGCGUUUUGUAAGGGAGGAACAUACAGUCUGUUUUUUUAAAUCAUAAUAUAUUUAUUAUAACCAAAAACUUCAAGUCGCUCUGCGUGCUACGGAAAUUGCUUGUUAUUUCUUCGAGGGAUAAGAUCCGUAACGAAGUGAUUCGCCAAAGAUCUAAAGUAAAUGACAUGGCCCUUCGGGCUAGCAUACUGAAGCGGCAGUGGGCUGGUCACGUUUGUUGGAGGACCGAUGGACGUUGGAGUCGAAA